AUGUUCACUCGCAUCGCCUCCGAGAUGGCGCUUGUCCACAAUAUGAUAAUACGGGGCCUCAACUCAAUUUACCUUCAGGCACCACACGUCAAGGCAUCUGAGUCGAAGGCUUUUUUGAAGUACAUUCUAGCCUGGUACAGUCUGCUAAACGUCCAUCACUCCGGUGAGGAAGAACAAUUUUUCCCGGCUAUCGAUGAGUUAACAGGCCAGAAGGGCUUGAUGGAUGUCAACGUCGCGCAACACAAGGAGUUUCACGAUUCAUUAGCCAGCUUCAAGCAAUACGUCGAUACAUGUGUGUCAGGGAAGGAUAUACUGGAUAGUGCAAAACUUGUGACCUUGAUCGAUGGCUUCGGCGAUGUGUUGACGAAGCAUCUUCGGGAUGAGAUUCCGAGUAUCCUGGAGCUCAGGGUUUUUGGUGCGGAUAAGAUGGCGUCGUUGGAGAAGGCUUUCGAAGAGGAAGGAGAGAAGAGCAUGAAAGCUCUCGGCUUGAUCAAGGGGUUGCCAUUCUGCUUGUCAAAUCACGACGUUGCUUUUGAGGACGGCCAGUGGGCAAGUUGGCCUCCUGCGCCACCAGUCAUCAAACUCAUCUGCAGGCACGUCACGUAUCGCUUCAAAAAGAAGUCCUGGAAGUAUUCUGCAUGCGACAAGAUGGGGAACCUGAAGCCCCUGUAUGCUGGGGCUCACGAGGAUACCAAGGUUGGACCAGCAAAGUAG